UGUACUAUCCCUGUGACAUUGUUGACCGGAGACAGAAAUUUAACUGAGCAGUGUGUAAAUUAUGUUGUUCCGUGAUAUACAUUUUGUGGCGUGUUUAUGAAAUCUUGCAAUGCAGAAUACCUGCUUUGAUCCCCGAUACCUUGUCGACAGAAAGAAAGGGAAAAUGUGUCAAGCACUAGCGAAUGUGUGCAAAGCGAAUAUGGACAGCAUCUUAUGAAGGAGAGCUAGAGCGAUCUUUGUACUUCCACUCGCCCUGUCGCUGGACAUAGCUAAUUUGAUGGCUCUUGACUUGUAGAGAAAGGCUACAAUCGGUGUUGUGUGUUCGUUUUUUCUUCCCACACAUAGUCAACAUGGUGUUGAAAUCCGGUGACAUCAGCUGGUUGCUGUUGAGGUUGAUCUUGCUUAUCCCUACAUCCCUAGUUUGGUCAGCAGUAUUAGAUGACUAUCCUCAACGAAAUAUGGUCGCAUUUUUUAAUGGUGGCUGUGAGGAACAUAUAUGUGAAUAUAAGUGUAUCCCCUGGAAUGGUGGAUAUGUGUGCAGGUGUCCAGAAGGGAAAAUUCUGAAAUCAAACGGAUUUUCCUGCCAUGAUGUACCCAAUCUUGAAUCUAAAAGUACGAGGACACCAUUGCCCACCACUGACAAAAAUGUUUUACCUCAGAGAGAUGAAGUGUACAUAGAGGGUGGACUUCUGGCAGACAUGAUAGCCGAUCAAGUCCUCAGUGAUGAAAUCUCAGCAAAGCCUUCUUUAAAAUCCUCCACCAAUUUGUCUUCUGACAAACCUGUCAACAGUACAGUGUUUAAAAAUGUGACCACUUACAGAGAUGGAAGUCCUCAAAAUCAGACUUCGUAUGGUGUUAAAAUCCAGCAUACAAUUUGCGCAGUGGAAUGUCUGGUCCAGUGGAAAUUAGCCAAACUCACCAAGAGUCUAAACUGCAUGUUCGCAAUGACAACGAAGUUGCCCUGGAAAAAGUUCAUCCCAAAUUAGCAAACAUCAAAGUCCAGUUGCCACCAAAGGAGGUGUCGUGGGUUCACAUGCAGGAAUGGUGGCUACUGCUCUGUGGAUCCCAGUUCUGGACUACCUCGCUGUAACUGUCCUCUUGGAACCCGGGGGAAAAGGUGUG